CGCGCGUCCUGCCGGAGCUCUGCCCACCGGCCGCCUAUAAAAGCCAGAGCGCUGAGCUCCUCCGCACUCAGCCGCUUCCCGCUCUGAACCAGCUCCAGCCGCUCUGGCUCUCACACCGCGCACCCAGCAGCUCAGCAUCGUCCGAGUUGGAGCGCCGCGUCCGGAAGCGAGAGCCGCGAUGUCUUCCUACGUGUCCUCGGAGUCCCGGCGGGUCAGCCCCUCCGUCCACGGCAACAAAUUCGACACGGCGCACCGCAAGAAGGCCGUGGCCAACAUCUUCGAGAACGUGAACCAGGACUCGCUGAUGAGGCUCUUCCAGAAAACGGGAGACAUGAAGGCGGAGGAGAGGGUGCGGAGCAUCUUCUACACGCAGGACCCGGAGGAGAGGGCCCGGGCGCUGAUGGCGCUGAAGCAGCGGAAGAAGGACAAGUUCCUCCGGAUCGCGGGGAUGGUCCGGCAGCUGCUCAAGCUGCGUUGACUCCUCCACCCGGCUUUAACAGCCCGUGUCUCGAUCUCUCGGCUCUGUGUUGAGCCAAGCGAGAAAACAUUCCCGAUGGGACUGGGGUUCUCCACCGCAGGCGGAUGCCCGAGGAGGCGCCGCCGGGGCAGCGCCGCGGCAGCUGCGGCGUUACGCACGGAGGAUCCGCCGGCAGCGGGGCCCUGCCUGGAGCAGGAGGGCCGCUCGAAGAACCAGGGAAUCUGAAGGGAAUACACGCCUUUCUUCAGACUAGAACUCAUGCAUGCAUGCAUUCAUCCCUCCGUGGAUGCGCUGGCUGGAGAACAGCAUCCCUGCAGGUGCACGUCACCGUGUUGGUGAUGGUGCAGCACAGCUGCAGCGGGAGACUUUAUGGUGCCGAAGAACCUGCCUCUAUACAUGAAUGCCUGUACUGAACACAAGCCUUUUCUCUGAACUUCAUCUUGUUGUAUGAACACUCCAAAAAAUGUGAAGCCGCAGCGUGACAGCACAAUGAUUUUUUACUGAUGUGACAUUCCUUUGACUGUCCUUUUUCUAAAGAAAUAAAUCAUUGCUUUGUACCGAG